AUGAUCGCUAGUACUGCAUUUUCCGUCAUAUUUUUAUUAGUAAUAGUUACUAAAACUAGUUCGAUGGACUUAGCUACGGCCAAAAAAGUGUUGGUAAAACCUUUGUACGACGCGCCUCACGUCGACAAUCAAAACUCCGUGCCCAAAAUAACUGUGUCAAUAUACUACGGAAGCUUGUGCUCGGAUUCUGUAGAGUUGUUCAAAAAUCAAAUAGGUCCAAACUUGGCAACAUUUCAAAAAUAUGUCAACUUUGAUUUCGUGCCUUUCGGGAAAUCUGACAAAAAAUUAUUCGAAGGAAGAUGGUUUUUUAAAUGUCAAAACGGACUAACUGAAUGUAUGAAAAAUAAAUGGCAAGCGUGUAGCAUUCAUAUACUACCGUCCAAACUGCAAUUAUUGGCUAAUUAUUUGGUCUGUUACAUGAGCUCUAAAGUUGAAACGCAUUCGGGAUAUCAAUGUACGAGAAAUAUGGGCUUGUACGAUGACUAUUACGGCAAGAUAAAGAAAUGUUUUAUGAACAGAGAAUUCAGCGAUUCGUUAAUGGUUCAAUACAGCAAUCGGACGCAGACCGUUUUAACACAAUCGGCUCAGAUUCCUGCUAUUGUUAUUAACGGGGUGUACAACAAAAUGGAACAAGAUGAAGCAAAAAAUAAUUUGCGGAACGUUAUAUGCAAAUAUAUACAUCCUAAGCCCGUUGGAUUGUGCUAA